UGCAGCUGCACUGUAGCGUUUCUCCAGUGCGGUAGGUGGCAGUCAGCAGUUUCCGGCUGCCUUCGAAAUUUGGAGGAAAAAGGCAACUGUUCAUGCAACGGGAGUAGCAAGCUCUUUCGGUGGUUUGUGUUUGCUGCUGAAUUUAACUGCUGGAAAAAAAUGACCAAGCUGCAGCUCCUGCACCGCGCGCUGAACGAGCGUCUGAUGGCGGCGGUGGAGCAGAUCAUGGAGAUGGUCGGCGGUACGGUGCUGGAGUACGAGGAAGAGACGAUCCGAGCACGGAAAGAAAACGAGGUUCUGAGACGGAGGCUCCGGUGGAUGGAGGGGGCAAACCGAGCCGACUGGCCAGGCCCAUCAGAACCUUUUACUCUUUCCACAACGGAGGAGGCCAAUCCAUCCCGGCAAGAUGAGGGUGCUGUCAACUUUGUAUUUGGACCUGAAUCAGAAGUUCUUGUGAUCAAAACAGAGUCGACUGAUCUCCCCCUGUGCAGCGCCACCACAUUACCUCAAAGCAUUGAUCAGGGACCUGACAAUGCCGGGACAGGCGCUGGUAUUGCCUAUGGCCUGGUGGACAGCAUGACCUGGGACUCUGCCCAAAGUUACAUGGCCCCUCUGGACUUUGAUCCAACUUCAGGUCCCAGCAGGGUCCGGCACUGGAGAGGACAGAACAGAAGGCAGAGGAUGUCCUUUGCCUGUCCAGACUGUGGUAAAGUCUUUGCAAGUAAACAGAGGCUGAUGGUUCAUAUGCGCAUUCAUUCCACCGAGAGGCCUUAUGCGUACCGCCGGCGCAAGGCGUGCUUCUACGGUGACAAUAAGAAAAAGAGGAAGCUGCACAGGCUCUCUCAGCUGUCAAGAGAAAUUGUGGACGAUCUGUCAGAUGGCUCUGAGCAGACGAACAGGAGUAGUGCAUCACCUGAAACUACUGCACGAGGCCAUGAAGAAGAGCCUGAGAGUGACCACAGCAGCAGUGAUAAAGAACCAGAAAAGAGAAUUACCACCCCUGUGCGGAAUCGGCGUGAAAAAAAAAGAGUUGUAAACCAGCUGUGUCGGUGCCCUCAUUGCCCUCAUCGGGUGUUCGCUCGGCCCUGUCAGUUAGCCUUGCACAUGAAGACCCACACAGUCACAGCUCUUGUCAACCUGCCCACCCAAUCACAGUCAGGAACUCAGGAGAUAGUGGAUGCGAACAGGAAAUUACCCAAGAGGCAAAGAAAAAAUGAUGUGGAGAAGAAGGCCAAAGUUGCUGACAAAAGUGAGUUCCAUUGUCCAGACUGUGACAAAGUCUUCUUUCAUGCAAGUCGGUUGCGUGUCCACAUGAAGUCCCAUAAGACCAAAAGGGCUUUAUUACGCAAAACUCUGCCGAUCAAGACUGAGCUGACUAAAGAAACGGUGGAGGCAGUGCCUAAAACUACAGAAGUACAGAAUGUGAAGAAGGUAAAGAAAACAUAUGCCUGCCCGCAUUGUGAUAAAGUGUUUGCUCGUGAAGGAUGGCUGGGGCCACACAUUCGCACUCAGCAUGGGGAAGUAAAGAAAAGGAGUGAUUACUUUAACGUGUAUGGCAGUGGCCGUACAAGGUCACAACAGCUUGUCACCAAGCGAUUACAUAAGCGCAAAACUCAGAAACGGGAAGUCACUAAGAAGAUGAGACUGAAUAGCCAGAAAACUAAAGGAUUAAGAAAGGUCAAGGAUAAACAACGUCAAACAAGUGAUGAGUCCAUCCUGGUUGUUGAUGUGCCUACAUUCACAAAAGAUGAAGAUGAAGAAAGUACAGAUCUUCCUAUAUUGGGCACAGAUGAGGCUGAAGAAAGUGCAGAUCUUACAAAAACGGGCACAGAUGAGGCACAACAAAGUGCAGAUCAUCCUAAAAUGGCCAUAGAUGAGUCAGAGAGCACUUCUGAGCAAUCAAAGGACAUCUCAGGCUCUGACUGUGGAACAUCUAGCACUAAAUAUCUGAAGAGGAUGUUUCCAUGCAAAACAUGUGGCAAAGGCUUUGCUCUGGAGAAGAAGCUAAAGAAGCAUUCAAGGAAACAUAUAGGACGUAGGUUACAUGAUGAAAAGAAAAGGAGACGAGAGCAAGCUAAAAUGGAAAUGGAGCUUAAGGAACAAGAAAAAAGGAAAUGGGAGGAAAAAAAGAGGCUUGAUGAUGAGAUGUCAACAAGUAAUCACAACCCAAAUACUACGCAGACACCUCGUGGAUCCCCAAACAAAGACUUGUUACGGAAAAGCAGAACCAGAGGUCAAGGGCCACUACCCUGCCCAUUUUGUGGCAAAGUUUUUGCUUGGGAAAUGCGGCUGUUGAUGCAUAUGCAGAUUCACUGUGGAGAGAAACCGUACGCCUAUCGGCAGCGCAAGAAACGUUUUUAUGGUGACCUGAAAAGGGGCCAACUCCAGAAAAUCCAUAAUCAGGAGCCUUCGGGGGACAAAAGUGAUGAGUCUGAAGAAUCUGCACAUCUGAACAGCAAUGCAACCCAUGCAGUGUCUGGAGCUCUCGCAAGCAGUACAGCUAUUGAGCAGCCUACCACCUCUUACAAGAGUAACCAAAGAACCAAAACCAAGCUGGUCAGUGACAUCAUGAGCCACUUCAAUAUGCAGCCCAGGAUUGUUCUACAACCAAUUAUGACUUCAUGCAAGUACUGGAGCUCAGUGCAUGGGGUAGCUGACUUAAAAUCAGGAUGCUCUGAAAAAAGUAGUGGCUUUGAUCAUGAACAAACCUCAGUACGGGUUGAUGAUGAAAUGGUGGAUGCUGUGGAAGAUAAAAUUGUGGAUUCCAAUCUUUGCACAUUGCCAGUGGAGUUCUCUGGUCAUGGCAUCCAAAACAAGCCUGAAAUAUGCUACACUGAGACAGAAAUAGUCUGUGUGAAGGUUGGAUCUCCACAGCGUGAUUCGGAAGUAGAGCAUGACAACAUUGGCGGCUCACUGGCCUUUGAAUCUUCUGAGGGAAAUAACAUAAAGAGUCAACAAAAAGGCGACUGCAACGUUAGUUUUCCUGGUGUUUCAGAAAACACAGCCAGAGACCAGGUAUCACUUAUAGUAAUAGAUGAUGAACUAGAGCAAUCAAAUGAAAGAACUGCUGCUGAAAAUGCUCUGUCUGAAUGUGGAAGAACAAAGUGUGAUUGGAAGUGUGAUUGUAAGAACAUUUCUGCUAUGAAAUUAACCGUAAUACCACAGAGUGGCAUUUUACAAUCUUUGUUCAAGGAAACUAGUUCCGGCACCAUGCAGAAGAACGCUGACUCAAAAUUAGUUUGUGUUGUCCUCUCAGAUGUUGAAGAUGAUGUUGAUGAAGAUGUGUUGAGUCCCUCCAAAGGUUUAGAUAAAAAGAAAACUGCCUCUGUUCCUAGCAUUCAAAAUUUAAACUUUCCAGCUCCAGAUGCAACUGAAUCUACCAAAUCUAUUGAUGGUGCCUCACAGCAUACUGAUGAUCAGAGUAUCUCAAAUGACCCAGUCAGAGACCAGAUGGCCUUUACUGCCAUCAGACAAACAGAGGACAGGCCCAUGAGUUCAAAGGAGAGAAUGUCAUGUCAAACAUCUGAUAUGGUAUUUGCUGGUCAAGAAUCUCUGUCGGAUGUUAAUGUUGACAAGAAACUGCUAGACAUGGAGACUGUCAGUAGCGGUGAGAGAAAAAAUAAGUAACUGGGUCUGAACAACCAGGUAUGCAAUAGUAGCAGAUUGAAAAGUAAAAUACGGACUCAAAAGUAA